AUGUAUUCAUUUAGUGAAUUAAAUACUGGUUUUACAAUACUCAUACUAAUAUUGUAAACCAGCUAAUAACUUUUUCAACUCGAUUAGAAUGCACAAUAGAUAUCCUUAAAUAGUAAAUGGUAUCCAGUUGAUUAAUAUAUUGGAACACUUUUUAAAUAUAGUCCUUUGUGUGAUAUAUCUCAUAUAGGGGCUGUCCAAAGAAACUAAACUAAUUCUUAUUUAUUAUAUUUAGGAUAUGAAAGACUCUCAGAAACGUUACUUUUCAUUCAUUAUGUUAAAUUUCAUCCUGAAGAGAGGAAAAUUAUACAUAUUGUUAAAUUAAACUUGAAAAGCGAGAUUAUGGAGGAAGAGUUUGAAUUUGAUUUUAAUGAUUAUGAAGGUAAAUGGUACAUGCAAUACAUGUAUUAUGAUAUAAUUUAGAGAAAAAUUAUAUUAGGGUUCAUGUCGAAAGAAUAGAAAAUAGAAAGAAGUUUAAGUUCUUCAAGUUUUUUUGACCAAGAGUUCAAAUUCAUCCUUGGCGGAAGUUUAUAGGUAAAUUUUUUUAUUAUUUUAAGAGUUUUGAAAACAGCUUUAAAUAGGAAUAUCAAUUGAGCAGUUUUCCUGGAAAAAUGAAAUUAAUAUUUUUAGAAUAGAACGACAGAAAAGAAUUUUAUAUUACCAAUUUGAAAGCUUGCGAAUCAAAUUUUGAAGCUAUAAUAAAUGAAUUUUAUGAUUUUAAGUCAUAAUUCUUACAAAUACAAGUUGAUUAAGAAUAGGAAAAUCAAUAUUUAAUAUAAUUUUGGGUUCAACUUGAUGAUGUUAUGAGAGAAAUUUAAACAAUUUAAAUAAUUAGAAUGUAUGUUAAGUACCAAUUAAAUAAAGAAAAAUAAAUAGAGUUGACAAGUUUUUAGAUAAGUUAUUUAAGCGACAAUUAAAAAUGGUAUUAUUGUCUUUAAUUCUAUUCCUAUAACUAUCCUUUCAUUUUUUCAACAGAUUAAAUUUAGGAUUUUUCGAAGAUACAUAAAUAUGAAAUUGAAAGUGAAUUUCUUACUUCUUGGCAUUUUAUUUAGGUUAGCUACUAAAAUAAGUAAAUCAAUUAUGUAAUGAAAAACUUCUUAUUAAAUAAAUAAUAGAUCAAUUAAUUUGAAAAAGUAAAUUAGUUUUCAUGUUAAAGAUUUACAGUUACUUUAGGAUAAAAUGAUAGCGAUCAUUUACUGAAUGGCCAAAUAUAAAAUCUAAAAUAUCUAAAUUGUCCUUCCAUUAAUACUUCAUUUGACCAUUGUCAUCAUUCUUGUUAAACUUGUUUUGGCCCAAAUAGUAAUCACUGCUGGUCAUGCGAUGAAACAAAAAAUAGACUAUUCAAUCCACAAACCAAUACUUGUAGAUGCAAACUAUGGUACUUAGAUCUAGAUGAAGUUUAAUGUCAUGGAUAAUCUGAAUUUAAUUUUAUAGAAACUGAAAUCUAAUUACCAUAAGAUAAUAAGUAUGAUGAGAUUGAACCAAUAGUAUAAUGUGCUUUUGGGUACUUUCGAUAUUUGGAUCAAUGCAUAUAGUGGUAUUAUUUAUUUAAUAAUAAGUCCAUCUGCAUCAUAAAAGGGAUCUAUAUAAUGCAUCAAUUGUCUACUAUUUCCUAAUACAUGGGUUUAUAGUGGCAAGUGUUUUGAAUAAUAUCAAUAAUUAGAUAGGAAUGAAUAAAAUACUUAUCGAUAUAUUUCUGAUAUUAUAUCACCAGAAUCGAAUUUUUAUUUACUGAUUGAUGAGGAAUUAUUUGCUUGCGAAGAUUGUGAAUUUUGUUCAAAGGAAGAAUAUUUGGAAGAAUAAGGUACUGGAAUUACCUAUUGUAUAUUAUAUCCGUUAAAACAUAUGAACCAAGAUACAUAUAUAUUAUGUUUAACCGGAAAUUUAGACUAUGAAACUUUUAAAUGUUAUUCGAAGAGACCUGUUAAAUUAAAUUAUGGAUCUUACAGAGGUACAUGUAAUGAAUUUUGCGGUUACUGUGCCUUAAGAACUUGUUAAUACUGCAAAGAUUCAUCUCUUUACUUUAGUGAUUGGUAAGGAAUAUGUAGAGUAUGUAAUAUAGAACACUGUAAGUAUUGUUUUUCAUACAAUUAAUAUGAUUUGAAUUAAGUAUCUGCAAGAAAAUCUCCUUUAACUAAACUAUAAUCUAAUUUAGAAGAAGAUUAUAUAAUAGGAUGUUCACUUUGUAAUUCAGGGUAUAUAUUUGAUUUUACUAUAAAUUAAUGUAUAAAGAAGAAUUUAUAGUAUCCAUGUUUAAAUGCUUUUAUUAAAUAAGAUAAUGAAUUAAUUUGUACUAGUUCAUCAUUAAAAGCUCGAAUAAUUGAAGAAGCUUAGGAAACAAUUGGUUGUUCAACAUUUUUCUAAUAUUGUGUUAGAUGUGUUUCUGAUAAUUUUAAGAUGGUUUAAUGUACAAAAUGUCAAGAUGGGUACUAUCUCAAUUUUUUGAAUGGUAUUUGCAUGCCAUGUUCUAAUAUUAUUGAACAUUCAACAAAAUGCUAAAUGCUGACUUCUUCUUAUGAUGCUUGGAAGUAUGAAGUUAUGAGUUUCUACAAUAACUUUUUGCCUGAUAAAGUUCCAAUUUUGGUAGCAGGAUAUUAUUUUAUAGUAUAUUAUAUUGUAGAUGAAUGUUAAUAGGGUUAUAUUAAUGAUUAUAAUGAAUGUAAAAUUGCUAAUGAUAAAUACUGUUUAAAUUGGCUUAUUGAUAAUAAUGGAGUUGUUUGUAAGACAUGCAAAUCUUAAUCAAAUUAUUAUCGAUCAUCAUCAUUUUUCAAUAAAAAAUGUCAAAUGUGCCCAUAUCCUUGUAGUAUUUGUUAAGAAAGAACACAAGAAGAGAUAAAUUUGAUAAAUCCUUAUUUUAUUGUUAAUGAACAUACAAUAAAUUAAACAUAUUAUUGUAUUAAGAAUUUUGACAAUUAGCAAACUUAUAUACAUUAAAAGUUAGGUUUGAUUUAACCCUUAAAUUCAAAUGGAACAAGAUAUGUAAAUUAAAUUAUAAAGAAUUUUAAAUAAAAGUAAGUCAAAACAUCUCAAGCCUUUACAUAAUUGGAGAUGUAAUAUUUUAUUUAAAGAAAUAUUUAUACAUACUAAGCUCAUUAUUCAUAUUUAACUGAUGAACCAUUUAUUAAUCUUAGAAAUUAUAUCUUUUCUUUAUAAAAUUAAAUUCUUCAUUAUGAUGGAUAAAAUGAUAUUUAUCAUGAAAAAAUGAUUAAAAUAUUUAAUUAAUCUAAAGUAGUUAUUGACAACCUUAAUUUGUUUAAUGAAAAAAAUAUUUUGAAUAUUACCUCAUAGUAUGGUGUUGAAGUGUUUAUUAAAAAUUUAUCUCUUAUAUCACUUAAAAGUUAAAGAUCUUUAAUUGAACUUACUAGUAUUACUAAUUUAACUAUAUCUUAAAUUGAAAUUAAUGAUUUAAUCAUUUAAUAAUAGCCUUUCAUUUUCAUUAACAAUUUAUAUCAAUAAAAUUUCAAGAAUACAAACCUUAUAUUUUAUGAUAUUACUUUAUUAAAUUGCAAAUUUAUAAAUAGCGGGUUUCUACUUAUAAGUAACUAUCAAAGUUAUAUUGAUAAAUUUGUGAUCCGCAAUUUAAGAAUUAUCAAUUGUACUUUUGAAAAUUCUUCCUUAUUUACCUUCUCCUAAAAAUCCAAUUUCAAUAAAAUUCUAAUUAUUAACAUACAAAUAUGCCAAUCCAAAUUUAUCAAGUCAGAAUUUCUUAUAAUGCCAAUCAGCAAGUUUAUUUAUAUAAAUUAAAUUACAUUCGAGAAUUCUAACUUUACUUAAGGAAUUUUUAUAUAAUCCACUUCAUCUACCAUAUUUUCAGGGCUAACCUUUUAAAAUGUGAAUUUAUUCAAUAGUACACUUGUUUUUCUUAGAGGAUAUCUAAAUGAAACAAAUUUUGAUCAUUUAUUAUAAAAAAUACAAAUUAAAAAAAUUGAAUUCUAAGGGUAAAGUCCAUUUAAAAUUAUAUAUCGAAGUGAUUAUAACGGUUAAAUAACUAUUGAAGAUUUAAUCUUAGAAUAAGGAAAUAUUAUUUAAGAAGAUAGUUAAUUUAAUUUACAUACAUCAAGUUGUUUUUUUGAUUUUUAAAGCUUAUAUAUAUAAAUCACAAACUUUAGAGGAGUAAAUAAUCUAAAUUUUCAAUUAUUUUGCUUGAUAAACUUUAACAAUAUUAUUGUAAGGAAUUGUGUAAUCCAAUAGACAUAAUAAAAUAUACUGAAUUAAGAAUCUAAUAAACUCUUAACUAAUAAAGGAUUUUUAUUUAUAAAGGAUUUCAUUAUAAUAAAUUUAUAAAAUAUUCAGAUUAACAACUUAUAUAUGGUUGAUUCAUCUUUAAUUUAUAUAUUAUCCAAAUACGAUGCUACAUUAAAUUAAAGUAUUAUAGUAAACGAUUUUAAUGUCACCAAUAAUUUACUUAUAAAAACAUAAUUAUCAACUGUUCCAUCUCUUUUGUACAUUUAAUCAGAAUAUUAUUGCAAUGUUUAAUUAACUAAGAUCAAUUAUGAGAAUAAUAUUAUCACAUAUUAGAUUGAGGAUUCUUAAACUAUUGCUCCUUCUCUAAUUUUUAUUUAUGUAAAAUAAAGUUAAAUAUCUUUAAAAUCAGGUAAAUUUAAAAAAAAUUAAAUUAUUAAUUCAAGAAAUUCUCAUAUUUAUUUGAACUCUGAAACAAUAACAUUUCAAUCUUUAGUUGUAUCUGAUAUAAAUACAGUUGAUUAAGAUUUCUCAAAUAUAUAAAUCUCUUCAAAAGGAGGAUUAGGGUAGGUAAUAGGUUAAUAUAUUUUAAUUAUUGAUGUGAUCUUUACAAAUAUGAUGGCUCAUUAAGGAGGCUGUUUACUAAUGGUUUUACUUGAAAAAAGUAGAGUGUUAAUUGAGAAUGUUAUUAUUUAAAAUUCUAUAAGUUGGAAUAAUAUGAGCAUUAAUUCUUUUGGUGGAAGUUUUUAUAUUGAUGCAACAAAUUCAGAGUUGGAUCUGUAAUUAAAAAAUAUAUCUGUAACGCUAUCAAUUAGUAAAGAUUGUGGGGGAUUUAUAUAUUUUAUUCCUUCAUAAAUAUCUAAUAAAAUAAAAAUUAUUGAUUCAAACUUUAUCAAUACAUUUUCAUAAGAAAAAAGCUUGAUUUCUUACCUUUGUGAUUUCUUCUUAAGUAAUAACACAUUUGAGUUUAAAAAUAAUACUAUAAAAAUUGAAGAACAUUUUUAUGAUGAUUUUUUAGUAAUGAACUUUUAGAUUCCUAAAUCAACUGAUAGUGGAAUGAUUGUUGUCUCCAAUAGGUAAACUUAAUUAAUUAUUUAAAAGCAAGAUAAAAAUUGAUUCUGUGUCAAUUACAGGUUCUUACUCAGUGACUAUAUUUAGUUUAACCUUUAUCCAUCAUCUUAGUAUAACAAAUGUAAAAAUAUAUAAGGCCAAAUAGUUUGGUUCUCCUUUUAUAUAUAUUAGCAAUGAAUAACAAUAUUAAUUAGAUAGAAAGAUUUAAAGCUAAUUAUUCUUAAGCUCAAUAAAUAUAAAUAAUUGUUAAAAUAUGAAUUAAUAAAUGUAAGGCUCAUUUUUGGAUAUUAUUCUUAUUGCCUAAAUAACAUCAAAAAUCAAAUUGGAGAAUUUCUAAAUUAUUCAAAAUAAUUGUUCUAAUUGUUAAAAAGGUGUAAUUAAUAUUAAAUUUACAGAAUAUACUAAAUCAAUUAAUAUUGAUUAAUUAUUAUUCUAUUAAAAUAAUUGUGGUUUUUAUUCAUGUCUAUCUGCCACUCCUAUAAGAACUUAUAAGAGAACAUAAAUAAAAGUAGAUAAUGCACUAUUUAUUUCAAAUAAUGGGUCUAUGAAUGGAACACUUAAUUUAUAGGCAUCUUAAUUAAAUUUAUAACACAUUAAAUUUAUUAAUAAUACAGCUUCUAAAGGUGGAGGAUAUUAUUCCCAAUAUUAUUAAGAACUUUAAACAAAAGACAUUUAUUUCAUUGAAAAUAAGGCAGACAUUGGAGGUGCCAUUUAUUUAAACAGCACAAAAUUAUAAUCUUCAAGUUUUUCAUAAAUAUAAUUUCUUGGCAAUAAAGGAAAACUUGCAAUAGAUAAUCUUUAAGAAUUACCGAUUUAUAUUAUGUUAUCAAUUUUCUAAACAGAUAUUGAAACUAUAACUGUAGGAGGGUAAGAUCAACCAAAUCUUAAAAAGUUUCUAAAUGAGAGCUUUAUCUAUUUACCAAGCGGUUAAAAAAUAGGAUAAUAUCAAUUAUUUUCAAAAAAACUAAAUAAUUAUCAAAAUUAUAAUAUCCAAUUAAAAUUUUAUUUAGUGAAUAAUUUAGAGGAAAGAAUAUUAUAAUUUGAUAAUGAAACCAAAAGUUGUAUAGUAAAAUAAAAAUAAUUUAUUGGAGAAUAAUAACAAACUGUUAAAUAUAAUGAUUUAAUAGUAGAUUUUGAUUAGGAAGAUCAAUCAUUCAUUUUUGAAAACUUAACUAUUAUAUUUGAUCCUUAUUCCUUGUAAGAUAGUUAUUUAAAUUUAUAAAUGAUUUGCCAAAUUUAAUCUAAUAAUGUUAUAGAAUAUUAAUUAAAUGUUAAGACAUUUCCAUGUUAAGUUGGAGAAUAUUAUUAUGAAUCUUAAUGUUUAUUAUGUGAGUCUAGUAAAGGAUAUUACUCACUUUAACCAAAAGCAUUUUAUUGUUUAAAAAUAGACCCAAAAAUGAUUUAAAAAAAUACAAAAAAUUAAAUUGAAUUAUAUCCAAGUUACUGGAGACCUUUUUCAAAAAGUUCUCUUAUAUCAAUUUGUAUCAGAAAGCCAGAAACUUGUUUAGGAGGUUGGGAAACUGGAGAUGAUUCAUGUUAAGUAGGAUCUAUAGGAGGUUUGUGUGAAGAAUGCGAUAUAUAUAAUAUAAGGGGAUUUGGUUAAUAUUAUCAAAACAAUAAUUUUAAAUGCUAAUAUUGUUCGAAUUUUAUUGGGAAAACAGCUAUUUCCAUAUUAAUAACAAUUUUGUAAUUUUUAUAUCUUAAUCUUUAGAACAUUAUUAUCGACCUAUUUAACUGUUAACAGUGCUUAAUUGAUCUUUAUAAAUUUUAAACGACUGAAAUAUACAACAGUUCAUUAUAAAAUUAUAUUUAGAUAAGGAUAAGGUAUUAUAUAAUAAUAUAUUAUAGAUCAAUCUGCUGCCUUAAUAAAAAUGAUAGUAAAUUAUUUUUAAAUUUUGAUUGGAAUAAAAUCAUUUUAAAUUGAGAUGUAUUCAAACAUUAUUGAUUUUUUGAAUCCUUUUAGUAAUCCCGUUGGUAGUUCUCUUUAUUCAUAUGAUUGUUUUUAUAGCUAAUAAUCAAAUGUACCAGUUAUCUACAUAAAUUUAAUAAUUAAUUUAUUAGUACCAAUUUUUUAUUACUUACUUUUUAUUACAAUCUAUUUGAUUGUAAUAUUAUUUAAAAAAGCUAAAUUAUCCAUCACAAUAUAUUUUACUGCAAUACUCUAUUUAUUAUUUUAUACCUAACCUUAAAUAAUAAAUGAAUUAGGCAGUUUAGCAGCUUAAAGAAAGAUUUCAGGAAUUGCUUAUAUUAAUAAAAAUGUUUAAUAUUUGUAUUCCACCUAAACUCACAAUAAUUGGAUGGCAUUUUGUAUCAUUCCAUUGUUGAUAUUUGAAGGAGUUAUUCUUCCACUUGUUAUUCUAUUUAAAUUAAUAAAAAUUAGAAAAUAAUUUAAUUCAGAUAGAUUUCGAAAGAUUUGGGGAUAUAUUUUUAAUGAUUAUUAAGAGUCAAGUUAUUAUUGGGAAAUAUUUAGAAUAUUUUAAAGAUAAAUAAUUAUAUUAACUUUGAACUUUAAUGAAGAAUAAAUAAUAACUAAAGGAUGUAUAAUGUUUGUAAUUCUAUUAUUUUAUUUUUCUGCUGUUCUAAUUUACAAACCAUAUAAUGUUAAAUCUUUAAAUGGAUUUGAAUUAGAUAGUAUUUGUUUGUGUGAAAUUAUAAUAGUAAUUAGUUGCUUAAAAUAUUAAACUUAAUUUAAUUAGAUUUAAACAAUAGAUACGUUAUUGGAAAUAAUUUUUCUAAUUUUUUUUAUAUAUUUAGUAUUAAAAGUAAGUAUUAAACUACUUACAAUAUACUAUUAUAAAUAUAAUGAAAGAUUUGAUAAUAUUAAACGUUUUUUAUAAUAUUAAUUCCCUAGUUUCACAUAAAAAAAGUCAAUUAUAUCAAGAUUUUUGAAUAGCAGAAAAAAUGAAAGAAAUAAAAUAUAAUAGAGAUUUUUAUCAGCAUAUGCUAAUUUAAAACUUUUGAAAAACAAUUCUAGCAAGCUUUCACUAUCGAACAACUAAAUUAAAUAGAGCAUCAUAUAAAAUGAUCAUACAAUUUAACUUUCGUUAUAAUUUACUAAUAAUAAUGAUAAAAAUGAAAAUGGAUUUGUAAAAACUAAUGAAUAUUCAUAAUGCCAAGAUAUAGUUUUAUGA